UCACAGUAAAUAGAAGCAUGGAGGCUUGACUCUCGGGAUCUAACGUCGAACAGCGGGGGGUAAAGACGCUGCCGCAUGCGCUGUGGGUGAAACUACACCGCCGGGAGAAAACAGGAGCGCAAUAAGCGCAUUGUCAUUUAUAAUUUAGUCAUUUUAGGAAAAAGGAGGAGUGUAUUUGGGGAGCGGAGCGGAGCAUGAAGCGGAUGGCCGUGGUGGCCAGGCACAAUGGCCUCGUCUCUCCUUUGGGGAACAACAACUCCGGGGCUUCGAGCAUCGUCUCCCCACCCCAAGCGAAAGCCACGAAUGUCUCCGCCUGUGCUGACACUCCAAUCGGAGGUGGGAUGGACGGCCUGCUGGAUUUCUCCAAAGGCCCCACCGUGAAAACCGAGCUGGUCUGCAAAUGGACUGAGCGAACUUCUUCGAAGCCGAGGCUCGGGCGGACGGCGACGUCCGUCUGCGAGCAAACUUUCAGCUCCAUGCCCGAGCUCGUGGACCACGUCACCAGCGAGCACGUCGCGGCGGGGCUCGAGAGCCUCAGUCAUGUCUGCAUGUGGGACGAGUGUCUGCGCGGCGGGAAGGCGUUCAAAGCCAAAUACAAACUCAUCAACCACAUCCGCGUGCACACCGGGGAGAAGCCCUUCUCGUGCGCGUUUCCCAACUGCGGCAAGAUGUUCGCACGCUCCGAGAACCUCAAGAUCCACACGCGCACGCACACGGGUGAGAAGCCAUUCCAGUGUGAGUUUUGUGAGAGGCGCUUCGCUAACAGCAGCGACAGGAAGAAGCAUUCGCAGGUCCAUACCGCUUCAAAGCCCUACGACUGCAAGGCCCUGGGCUGCACCAAGUCUUACACCCACCCCAGCUCCCUGCGCAAGCACAUGAAGAUCCACGUCAAGUCGUCGCCUACCUCUGACCACCAGGACUUGUACAGCUUUGGCCAUCACCACCUCCAGCAACCUGUCCUCGAACCCCUCGACCUGAAAAUGAACCACUUCACUUCGUCGCUUGCCAACAGGAGUUCUCAUUUCCCACUGUUGACCACCCACCAGUUAGAUCUUAGCCCUAGCAACGACGUAAGCGGCAAAGUGUUGCUGCGGAGUUCGUCUCCGGUGGCCAUGCCGCUGGAUCUCUCUCUGUCGGGCCUCAAGAGCCAGCUGAGCCAGAAGCAGCAGAGCUCCAGGACCCCCCGGCGGAGCCAGCGCUCGGUGAACCCGGCCUUAACUCAGCUGUCAAACAUUAAGGAGUGGUACGUUUGCACGAGGACUACAGCGCCACACUUUCCACUGCUCCACCCAGACCACAUCAAGACAGAACGCAGCGAUGAGGAUGACUAUGUCACGUAGGGCGCGGGCGAUGGUUGCUUCAGACAGAACAAGCAGCUAUAUGCUCCUUCAUCAGUGGCUACUGGCCAAGACUUUCAUCAAACAUCAAGACAGUUAUUGUUUCACUAAACAACCCAUAUCUGAGAUAUGUGGACGAAUGUGGCGUCCAAAACAACAGCAGAAAGGUCACCAUGAGAUUCUGAAAUAGAGUUUUACAGCUAUUACGGUGGUUUUGUUAAAUCAAGAGUACCCGAGGAUGUUGCUUCCUGGAACUAUUUGAACAGGGUGUCUGAACUUCAGAACCAGUCUAAGGGCUGUGAUGUGUGAAGCAAUUUCAAGGGCUAAAGUGACAGCGAUGAAACAAGCCAACAGGCGGCUCGGCGUGUUCAAACAGCCAGCUUACGAAGUGCAGGGCUGUCAGAGCUGUCGAGGAUUUAGUAUUCUUCAAACAAGCUGGUAGAGGUUUGGUUUGUUUGCUAAAAUAGUUGGAACCAGCUGGUCCUGUUGCCAGCUGGGAUUUCUUCGACAAGUUGUUAGAAGAGUCGACGAGCACUUUGUUUGAAGCAAACUGAGGCCUUUAGUAACAAAGAAUGAGUGGAAACCUGGUCAAAGUGUUACUGUGAUCACUACAACAUGGCGGCAAGUGGUUUGGCUGCAGUUUGCCUAAGAAUUCAAUGCAUUCGGUAAAAGUUCCUUUGCCUGUCGUAGAAAAAUUUAACAUCGCUAUGAGCUUGUUAGAAAAGGUCAUCAGCACAUCAUCUUUUAACAGAGUUAAAAACUUUCUUUAUCUCUUGACUUGAACAACUUGAUAAGUAACAGCAAAUCAGGCAGAUUGAUAGAGCCGACAUCUUGGUAAUGCUGCAUAAGAACACGGAUGUAUUGUUCUGUUAAAGCAGCAGUAUGUAAUGUUUGUUGAAACUUUCACUGUGACAUGACAGUAUGCUAUGAGACACAAAACUUGAGUUCUUCUGCCCACUCUCUCUGCUAUCUAGAUACAACCACUCAGUCAGGAGGCGGAUCUUAUUGCUGUCAAUCCUCCUCCUGGUGUUGCUGCUUAACCCCGCCCCUCAUUCCCUCUUUGCUCAGCUGUAUCUUCUUCCUGAUAGCAGAUCCUGCUGUGAAUGCUAAAGCUAGUUAGCAUGGCCACAGAUGAUGGCAGAUAAAUGUUUUUUCUGUAAUACUAAGUUGUUUCUCUGCUAUUAGCACAUUGAGCAGCAAGUACAUGAGUUUGUUUGACAGCAGUUAGACCCUCCUCCUGGUUCCAAUUGGUUGUUUUUGGUCGACGGGAUGCAUUUUUUCAGACAACACUAAUAGCUUAGGGAGCAGCUGUAGGAUAUUGACCUUUUUGCAGAUUAUCUGUCUCAUAUUAUGCUGUAAUGACAUAGUGACAGUUUUAACAAAUACGUAAACAAACAUUUGUUUUCCUUAAAGGUGCAAACUGUCAGUGAACAACACCAUGUUAUUCACUAACAGUUUGGUGUUACAUCCCACUGAUUCUUCCACGUGAUCAGUUUGAGUUGUUUUAAAUAGCUGACUUAAGCUAACCAGCUGUUAGCCUAUCAUCACUGGCGAGAUGUAUUUCCAACAAGCUCACGGUCAAAUGAAAACAAAUAUUUUUGACCGUAACUCCACAAAACUUCCCUUCAAAAAAUCCAAUCUUCAGGUCUUACCAGUGGCUCAGCGACCUGUGUCUGGUCACAUUCCAGUUUACAGCUCAGGAUUUCCAAAAUGGCCACCAAUCUAACACACAGUUGACUGCAUUAGAUAAAGUAGAACGGAUAAUGAACUGGUGGAGAGAUAUAAAUUUUCUAUAUGUGGAAAUGUGAUCAUUCUUAAUUGUGAGUGGCCAGGAGUCUAUUUACUUUAUGUUGUUCCCACUUAACUUCUAGCGAAAUGAGUGCACUUACUUCUCCUGGAGGACAUUCACUUAGUUUUUCUUGGGAGCAAAACAAAAGAAAAAAAAAUUUGAUGAUGAAAUAAAAUGAAGAAAUCCCUCAAUGUUGAAGAAAAAAUGUAGAAUCAUCCUUUUAUUUGCUGCUCUACAAAAAUACCAGUGCAGACCUAACACUGAAAUUGAGUCUGCAUAUCAACCUAAUGAGCCAUUGUGUUCCUGGUUGAUUCACAAAAAAAACAUCACAAAAAAUCAAAGCUGAAAUAGCUAAAUAUAGCUGUCGGAAUUAAUAAUAACAGCUGAACUAAUUCCUAAUACACUCAGUCUAACAUUUGGACUCAACAAACCAUAUAUGAAGGUUAUAAAGGUUGAAAAUCAAAGCGUCUGGAAAUAAAACUCAAAGUAAUAUGCCUUGCAAAUAAAACCAGUUGCAACAGAAGAAAUAAAAGAACAAAUGAUGAGAAACAAAAGUCGGUAUUGGAGAAGUAAACAGUGGUAAAUUAACUGAUGUAAGUGGGAUUCAUAUGUAAAAACAGUCUAAUUUUGGCUUUCACCUUGAAUCUGUGAUUUAUACACACGUCUUCUACAUCUCACCACCAACUGAUGGUGUUGUGGAGACAGAGUUUACUGAUCAGUCUUAGGAGGUAGUCAGAGCUGUAACGACCUUUGGUCAAAAGCAUAACUUUAACAAAUUGUUUCCUCACGAAUCUUCUGUCAUAAAUCGCCAAUCAAGCAACAAUGUUUAAGCAACAGUAUUGCAGUGAAAUAUUUCCAAUAUAUGGCAGUUGAAGAAGAAUUGAUUGUUGAGUCCUGAAUCUGCACUGAACAAAAAAAAAAAAAAAAAGCUGGAACAUUUAUUUGGUAUCUUGUCCCAAUGAAACAAUAAUUGUCUUAAGAAAAGAAGUAUCUUUCCAGUUACUGGUGAUUGGCUGGUUCCUAAAGGAACAGGACAGAUUCCAGUGAAUGCACUAACGCAAUGAAUGCAUUGGAGGAUCUCAGCGUUUUGGACCCUUUGUUCAUUCUACCAGUCAAAUGUAGAGGUUUGGAGAUGAUGAAGUCAGUUUUCAGUGGAUGAUAAUCCAUCUGCCCAGGAAGGCAGAUCAACUCAAUGUUCUUAAUCCAAUUUUAUCCAUUCAGUGAAUUCAAUUCCUCCUAAAAGUCAAGCUGUUAGAGGUGGGACAAUCUUCUCAAUAUUGAGGGAUUCCAGCAUUUCUGUAGAAAAAUAUGUGUCAUUAAUAAUAACAGUAUCAUUUCAUGUUCUGAGUUCUGUUUCACGAAGCCAAGCGUUGAGCUGUCCAACCUCUGGCUUUGGGUCACAUUGGUAGUUUUGGAUCAAGCAUCCUCCAGGAAUUGUAACUCCAUGUUUGCUCUAAAGAAUAAAAUGUUUCAAACGGUCAGCUUGGCGUCCAGAACCGACUGGAUGUGUUGAUGUGACAGACUAGCACUUCCAUGUGUUUCCCAGACUUAAGUGGGAUCACAGCUUGAACCUACCAGAGUUUCUUUCUCAGUUUUCAGACGCUUUCUUGUUUUAUCUGUUCCGGCUCAGGCAGUCAGAUGUUCAUGGGACUGGCUGUUCUGUCCCCAGUAAAUGUGUUGCUAAAGUUAAGGAAGUGGCUGAAAUGAACGAUGGGUAAAUUCCAGCGACGUGAACCUGCCGUAUAGAACAAGCCAUCAGGCCACUCUCAACUCCCAUUUAUUGUGCGACAAAAAUGAGAGAAAUAAAAUAAAGGCAAACAAUUGGACUUUAAAAAGUUGAAUCCUGUUGCUGACGAAUGGUUUUUUUUUUUAUAUAUAAACAUUUAUUGUCUUUUUUUUAUUAAUGUCUUCUGUUUUCUUAAAUGGCUCCUGGAUUCAGCCUUUGUAUGCAUUUUUAAUGGUAGACUGGAGAGGUUUGUUCUGUAUUUAGACGGACAGCAUCCGGAGUGGCCUGGUCAGCCCCGGACCUGAUGAGGUCGCAGAUGUUCUGCAGCUCUUCUUGUAAAUGGACAAAGGUAACAAACGUGAGUGAAACAAAGACAGUCUCUGGUGACAUUUUUCGUUGUCCUUUAUUAUCAUUCUCAGCACAUUCACUUUGAAAUAAAUUCAAGCAGAAAACGCUGAAGUUUCGACUUUAUUUCAAGAGAAUAUCACUGUUAACAUCUUGAUACAUUGAAAGGUCUGUCUGGGAUU